AAAAUAUCAUUUAAUGACUUUAUAGAAUCUUGAUUAUAAAAUAUCGCAGUUUUGUAUUGACAUAAACUUAUAUUCAUACCUUAGUUCUUGUGUGCAUAAUAACCAGUUUAAUUAUACUUAUCCAGAGAAUGUCUCGAGAAAUUAUCACACUUCAGUUAGGAAAUUAUGCAAACUAUGUUGGGACUCAUUGGUGGAAUAUUCAAGAAGCAUCAUUUUCUUACGACUCAGAAACCGAAGAAACUGAAGUUGAUCAUGAUGUUCUAUAUCGUGAAGGACAAACUAAUAACCGUCAAACUACGUUUACCCCAAGAAUGCUGUUACUUGACCUGAAAGGAACAUUGAAGUUUAUGCAAGAAGAUGGGCAGUUGUAUAAUGAUUAUAGUAGUGAAAACAGCAAGGAGGAUAUCGUUAAUGAAGUCUUGUGGGAUCCCAAUAAGGUAACAGUUGUCAAAGAAGAACAUGUUGAAAGAAAUGCAUAUCAACAUGAUUUGGAACAACCAAAUAAUUCUGUUAUCGAACAGGAGAAGGACUACGAUUUUGUUAAUUCUGUUGAAGAUUGGAUUGAUUUCUCUUACGCAAGAUACCAUCCCAGAAGUAUUAAUAUUGUAAAUGAAUACAUCCAUUCCAAGGAAGAACACCGAUUUGAUACCAUUACCAGUGGGAUGGAACUUUGGAGAAAGUGUGAUGUUCAGGAACAAUUUACUGAUAAAAUACGUCAGUAUGUAGAGGAAUGUGAUCAAUGCCAAGGUUUUCAACUUUUGUUCGACUGUGUUGACGGUUUUACCGGUGUAGCUAUCAAAACUCUAGAGUAUAUUCAAGAUGAAUACGGCAAAGCAAGUUUGGUAUUUCCCGUAUUUCCUCCGAAACAGUUGAACUACAAAAACGCUGACGAAACGAUGAGUACCUCCAUUAGAGUUAUUAAUAUAGCGCUAGCUUUUUCUGAAUUGAUUGAACGUUGUUCACUUUUUAUUCCGCUUUCGACUAUGGAACAAUGCUGGAGAGAUACAGCGAAACCGUGUAUUUUUCCAAAUAUUUCUUAUGAUGAGACAAACUUCUAUCACACUUCUGCCUUAUUGGCCACAUUUCUUGAUACUGCCUCCUUACGAUAUCGACUGAAAAAUCAUUCCAGUGAAAAUUACUUAGCUAGUUUAUGCAGUGAGCUCUCUCCUUAUGGCCGAAAAAUGGCUGCGGCAGGACUAUCGUUACCAUUUCCAAUGAGAAGUUCUGAAGAUCUUAUUGACUUUUUGGAUAAAAGUGAGCGAUUAUUCUAUAGGCAGCUAACACCAAAUGCCACGAUUGGCUCUAAGUAUGUAGUGCAAUCUGUCACUGUUCGUGGAAUUUCUAAAGCCCGUUUGAAAAGACCUCCAAUGUCAAAAUCUGCCCAACGACAACAACGAAUGGCUGCAUAUAGGUGUGAUACAGUGAGUGAAAUGCUUCAAUAUUAUUACCAGUGUCAAUUUCACGCCAGUAUGAGCCACGUAACAGCAUGUCAAACACCAAUGAAACUUAAGACCCCAUUUCCGUUUGAAUUGUUUGCUUCAUGUAUUGGGCCAGAUGGAUAUCUAAACGAUUUUAACCGUGGUUUAAAUCAGAAAGUCACGUCGACACCGGUUCAAUCUCUAAUACAAUCGUCUGGCGAAUUAUUCUCCGCAUUGGACAGCCUAUACAAAGAAGUCAGCCGCAUCAAAAUAGCGAAAAUUCCACGUUUUGGUGAAGAUGGUUUAGAAUCCGAAAAUUAUAAAGAAAGUUUAGAACGUUUAAUUGAACUUAAAGAGCGAUAUUAUGAUAAUUAUGAGAUUUGAAACUAA